AUAACAUCCGGGACAUUCCCUUCUCCUUUCUUCUCCGGGACGGCCAUUUUGUCUGUAGCGUGGUCAGGGUGUUUUCGCUCAUUUCUCGGGAUUUUCUCCCCCAAAUAAAACUGUUUUCUCCUUUAAUCCUGUGUGUAGAUGUUGCUUGGGUCGGAAUUUGUGUGUUAGGUGUGUUUUGUUGUUUCCCAUGAUGUCUGGAGCGGGCGAUGGAGGACUGGGAAAGGAUCAGGGAUAUAUCCCUGACCGAGUCAAGAAGGCGGAGAAGAGAAUCGAAGUGAACGCGUUUGAUGUAGAUGCAUGGAGUGUAUUGAUACGAGAGGCCCAGAACCAGAAUAUCGACAAAGCGCGGAACACGUACGAGCGACUGGUGGGCCAGUUUCAGACGGCAGGCCGCUACUGGAAGAUUUACAUUGAGGCUGAGAUGAAGGCCAGAAACUAUGAAAGAGUUGAAAAGUUGUUCCAGCGGUGUCUAAUGAAGGUGUUGAACAUCGACCUGUGGAAGUGUUACCUGAACUAUGUCAGGGAGACCAAGGGCAGUCUGCCCUCUUACAGAGAGAAGAUGGCUCAGGCAUAUGACUUUGCUCUGGACAAGAUGGGCAUGGACAUUAUGUCUUACCAGAUAUGGAGUGACUACAUUUCCUUCCUGAAAGGAGUGGAGGCAGUAGGUUCGUACGCAGAGAACCAGCGUAUCACAGCAGUACGGAGGGUGUAUCAGCGGGGAUGUGUCAACCCCAUGGUCAACAUAGAACAGCUGUGGAGAGAGUACAACCAAUAUGAGACUGGCAUCAACCCCAUCAUAGCCAAGAAGAUGAUAGAAGAUCGCAGCAGGGACUACAUGAACGCCAGACGGGUGGCAAAGGAAUAUGAAGCUGUGACCAGAGGUCUGAACAGAAACAUGCCGUCCAUCCCACCCACUGGUACUCCUGAUGAAGUCAAACAGGUUGACCUCUGGAAGAAGUACAUCAGUUGGGAGAAAGGCAACCCACUGAGAACAGAGGACCACGCUGUCAUCGCAAAGAGAGUAAUAUUUGCGUACGAGCAGUGCAUGCUGUGCCUGGGCCAUCGCCCUGACAUCUGGUAUGAGGCUGCCAAAUACCUGGAGGAGUCCAGCAAACUGCUGUCUGAGAAGGGGGACCUGAAUGCCGGAAAGAUGUUCAGUGACGAGGCAGCAGCCAUGUAUGAGAGAGCCAUCUCCACUCUACUCAAGAAGAACAUGAUGCUCUACUUCUCCUACGCUGACUUUGAAGAGAACCGCAUGAAGCACCAGAAAGUCCAUUCCAUCUACAACAAGCUGCUGGGUAUUGAUGAGAUAGACCCAACACUGGGUUACAUCCAGUACAUGAAGUUUGCCAGGAGAGCGGAAGGCAUCAAGUCAGCCCGGAGUAUCUUCAAGAGAGCGAGAGAAGACAACAGGUCCAAGUACCACGUGUAUGUGUCAGCUGCACUCAUGGAGUACUUCUGUAGUAAGGAUAAGAACAUAGCCUGUAAGAUCUUCGAGCUGGGUCUGAAGAAGUACAGUGACAGUGCUGACUACAUCCUACAGUACCUGGACUUCUUGUCGCAUCUUAAUGAGGACAACAACACCCGGGUUCUGUUUGAAAGGGUGCUGACUUCAGGGGCUCUUCCUGUGGACAAACAAGGUGAGAUCUGGGCCAAGUUCCUGGAGUUUGAAUGCAGUAUUGGUGACCUUUCGUCUGUCCUGAAGGUCGAAAAAAGACGGAGAGACAUCUUUAAAGAGGAGUUUGAAGAUCGUGAGACGUGUCUCCUGGUGGACAGAUACAAGUACCUGGACCUGUUCCCCCUGUCUACGUCAGAACUCAAGGCUGUGGGCUUCAAACUACGACCUACCACAGCUGACCUAGUGUCGGGUUCGGAGGUGCCUGCAGCUGCCCUACCAGAGAUAGACGAGUUCAAGAAACCCGAGUACCCCAAACCUGCUACUGACCAGAUGUUACCCUUCAAACCCAGGGCUCUGGCUCCUCCUGGGAUGCACCCUGUUCCUGGUGGUGUGUUCCCCAUGCCUCUCCCAGCAGCCUCUCUGCUCAACCUCAUGCCCCCACCUACCUGCUUCCAUGGCCCCUUUGUUAAUAUUGAUGACUUGGUGAAGACCUUUGAAACCUGUGCAUUGCCAGAAGAUCCCUCUCAGCUUUUAGACAAGAUGUGCAAUGGUGAGGAAACUUCCAAUCCUAAGUUGUUCCCGAUCCCCCUCCAAAAUUCCGACUCUGCAAAGAAAGGCCAGAAACGUCCCGCGGAAAACGAAGCAAAGGAAGAAUCGGAUGAUGAGGACAACGUAGCGCCGCCCGCACACGAUAUCUACCGCAGUCGACAACAGAAACGUGUCAGAUAGAACUGUCCUUGUCAAUCAAUCAAUCAAACAAGCAAUUCUUUUGAUAUUAGGUGGUUACGUGUUUUAGAUUCGUUAAUUGUAUCUGUAUGCUAGGAGACUUUCUUUAGACAGUGAAGUUGUAAAAUA